CCCGAGUCGUCGGGACUUCAGGCUGUACUCGACCCAACCCUCGAAGUAACACCACCUGAUGAUGGAAUGAUUCCCGUCAGCUCUGGAGGGCUUAUGAAGCCAGAAGGGCAGCCCCAGUCCGCCACGCUCGUGCCAACUGAGGAGAAUAUCAGCGAAGCGCAAAAGAAGCCACGGCGGCGACGAUACUACAUCAUCGGCGCCGUCGCCGUCGUCCUCAUUAUUCUUGGAGCUGUCUUAGGCGGAUUUCUUGGCUUGAGAAAGAUAGCUCAGACAGAAGUGUAUUAUACAACCUCGAUUGCAAAGGUACCACGCUACUCUCGCCUUGCAUUCUCUUCGUGGCAUGAUUCAAAGGGGUUCGUGAGACACGUAUUCUACCAAGAGGCGAACGGGACACUCCGGUCGUGCAUGUCCACUGGCGUGUCCCUUGACUUGGAUUCUGUGGACAGUUCGUGGGAGCAGGCGGCAAACCUCAGUCCCGACUACCGAGCACAAAAUAUGUCGGGGUUCGCCACAGGCCUGACGAUUCAAGAUUCCAACGGCAAUGGGAAUGGGAAAGCUCUUCAAGUUGUGGCAUUUUACCUCAAUACCACAAACUUCGUCAAUGCUGUAGAUUACGGCCGUUCCUUCCAAUACAUCAGCGACAGCAUCAAUUACAAAGCCUAUCAAGCCUUGGAGGGAAGCAGUUUGGCCGCGUACUGGCCCUAUGUCUUGUUCCAAUCCCGCCUCGGGCUCCUCCAGGUAAUCAAAUAUGCCUCCGGCUGGACCACACAGAUAUCAUCAAUAAGAGCAAGGGACCGAUCCGCGAUCGCCGUCGUCCCCACGUCCAGGAACUACACGGAGGUUUCAACUGCGGGACGAAUAGCAGUGUUUUACGAAGACCAGGACAUGAAGUUGAGUGUGUGGGAAGACCCUCUGGGCAUGGGCCAAGGUACAAAGUUUGCGAAUCAAACCGCGUGGAACUCAUCAUUCCCUGACAUUAAGCUAUAUGGGUCGCCGAUCGCAGCACUCGCAGUGGCAGCGUCGAGUGAUGACGCAGACAGUAAAAUACACACAUUCGUGUUGUAUUAUGGCCGGGAUGACAAAAUUCAACAACUACGGCGAGAAGGGGCAGAAAACGACUGGCAGUUGUCCACACCUGGUGCCUUCAAAUAUGCCGACCCAUUAACGAGCAUAGCGUGCGUCACAGGCCCAGCAUGGAUGAAUGGGUUGACACCUGAUGAGAAGCCAAACGAGGUGAGGGAUUCUGAUAGGCUGCUUGAACCAGCAUCGGACCUAACCAGGUGCGUGUUCCUAAGCGGCGGCAACGUGAUGGAGACGCGAUUAGACGGGGUAGACUGGGCAUCCCCGACGCCGGUCUAUUGUCGGGCUCAGGUCAAGGCCUCGGAAGGCACAUCUUGA